GCUGUCAAAUAUGGAUAAAAUUUUUACUUUUUAAGCUAUUACAUCAAUUAUUAAUAUGAUCGCAAAGGAUUGGAUGAAACCAAAAAGUGAUCAAGAAAGAGACAUAAUGAUCCAAAAAGCUCAUAUUGCACGUAUAAUUAUUAUUUGUUCCUACUGUAUAAUGGGAGUACAGUGCUUCUUUGUCGUUGUACUGCCUGUUUUUGGAAUGUCAAUGAGACUGACUCCAAAUAUUACUGAUCCAGGAAGACCAAUGCCUUUUCAAACCCACUACUUUUAUGACAUAACAAAAAGACCACAAUACGAAUUGACAUUUAUUAGUCAAGUUAUCUCUGUAACUAUUGGUAUGAUGGCCUACACUGGAAUAGACAAUUUUCUCAGUCUUCUAAUUUUUCAUAUAUGCGGUCAAUUAAACAUUCUGCAGAAUCGUUUACAACAUUUGGAUAAAUAUAAAAAUUAUCAUAAAGUGCUAAAAUGCUGCAUAGCAAAACAUAUCCGUUUGCUUGGAGCUAUUGAGAUUAUUGAAAACACAUAUAAUACAAUACUUCUCUCUUUAUUUAUAUAUUUUGUUAUACUUUUCUCUUUCUAUGGAUUUCGGCUAAUUAGCCUAUUCAAUGAAGGAAAUAAUAUGUCGUUCACACACUUAAUCUAUUUCAUAUCCAGCGUUUUUAAUAUAUUUAUACAUAUGUGCUUAUAUUGCGUUCUUGGCGAAAUUUUGGUGGCUCAGUGCAAUAAUAUAUAUUAUGCGGCAUAUAGUAAUGAAUGGUACACUAUGGAUUCAAAAAUUAUAAAAGAUUUGUUAUUGCUAAUGACUAGAGGUUCUAAACCAAUCUAUCUCACCGUUGGAAAAGUAUUCCCUGUCACAAUGGCAACAUUCUGCGAUUUAGUAAAAACGUCUGUUGGUUACAUGUCCGUUUUGCAUACAACCAGGAGGUGAUAACAGAAGUAAGGAAAAUGUAAAGCUUUGCUAAUAUCAUGCAAUUUUUGAUAGAUAUAUAAUAGAACUAAACCAGUAUUAAUAUGUUAUUUGCAAAUAAAUACAUAUAUCUUAAUGCAUUAUUUGACAUUCGAAAUAUAAAACCUUUUAUUUUAUUUAAUAAUUGUAAAAAUGUAUUAAAUAAAAUAGAAAUAUUGUUUAAUUGAUUUUAAUUAAAAUUAAUUAAAAGAAUUGAUUAAUAAAAAUCAAAUAUGUUUUUUAAUCUACAAUUAAUAUACAUUUCAAGCAAAUAAAUUGUAAAACAUCUUAUAUUUUAUAUUAACCGUCUGCUUACAUAUUAUAUUUCCUUUUAAUUAUUGUUACACACUGAGGUUAGUGUAAUUCACAAACUUUGUCGACUUAUAAUAUAUUUUAGACUGAAUUUAAUUAUGUGUUUCUUAUCAAAACUCAAAAUUAUGAUAAUAUCGGUUAAAAAAUUGUAAAUAUUGAAAGAAAAAACAACUUUAAAAUAAAAUUUUAAAAAAGUAAUUUUUUCAAACACUUGUAUUAAAAAAAAAGAUGACAUAAUUUAAAAGGUAAUUAAUGAAAAGCAGAAAAGUUAAACUAAAAAGUCGAUUAUCAGUUUUUUUGUUUCAAAAACUAUAUUCGUUUGGCGACAUAAAAAUAUAAUUUUUCAUUGUCACGAAAAUGAAGUACAAUGUAUUCGGUUUUUUUAUAUAAAUAAAAGAUUACAAAUAUUUUAAUAAUCUAUUAUUAAUAAUUUUUAUUAAUUACAAAACAAAAAUGGUAAUAACAUUCAUUUAAACAAUUCAUUAAAAAAUUAUUUUACACUUUACAUUAUUUUACAUUGUUAUUUACAAGCUUAAACAAUAAAAUUAAAUAACUAAUUUAAAUUACUUAUGCUGCAUAGCAUAUUUUUUAGAUGCUGACGUAUUUAUGAUGCAAGGUUUACAAUGUCAGCAGGAGUAAUAAAUUAAAAAGCGGCAGUAAAUGGGCAAAUCUCAUUUCAUAUUUCUUACUUCUUACUCCUACUCCAUUACUCCUGCUGACAUUGUAGACCUUGAAUUACAUAUAGGUUUGUGGUUUGAUUGAUACAACACCUCGAGCUUCUUAGCUCGGCAUUGUUUCCGCGCAUCCUCUAAAAAAUAAAAUAAUAUGUUAUAUGAAUGCAAUAUAUAAUUAAAUUAUAAUGUUUUAUUUUAAUUUUUUAAUCAAAAUGUUACUUUUAAAAAUUGUUGAUAUUAGCAGUAAAACUAUGAUGCGUCGCCCAAUACUUUCCAGUAUUCACUUACACAUAAAAAUACUUUUUACACACAAAUUACAUUUUUAUAAAAGUAUUAUAUACAUAAAAGGUGAUAAACAAAUAGAAUCACUUUCACUUACAUUUUAAAUUUUUGUUUCUUUAUGUUUUGUGACGAUUCUUAUACUAUAGGUAACUACACAGUGUAUUUAAAAAAUUCCGGAACUGAUGUCAAUAAAAAAAUUCUUUCCCUCAAUUACUGAAAAAAAUUUUGUUUCAAAAAAUAUUUUCUUGGCUAAAAAUCGAAUCUGAACCUAAGGUAUAUCAAUAUAAAGUAGUAUCCCAUAACAACGACGGUUAUUGUGUGUGGAAAGUAUAUAUAUAUAUCAAGCUGAUAAAAUAUAUUUUCUGGACUUUGAGUGUAAGUCGAGUUUUGUAAUUGUUUUGUAUUUCUCAUUAAAGCAAAUUUUCUUAAAAAAACAAAUAGUAUUUCUUUUGCACGUACGAAUAUUAUAGGCGCACAAUUCCAUCCAAGAAAUCCAAGAAGAAAUCCGAAUACACGAAGCACAAGUGCAACAAUACACUAUAAAAUCUUACAAGUAAUUAUCUUGCCAUUUUAAAGCUUAUUUUAUUAUUUAGAAUAAUACUGUUAGAAUUAAGAUUAUAUAAAAUUGUAAACAACAAAGAAGGAAAAUAUCUGAUAGAAUAACUAUAAAAUGCUACAGCAGUUUUUAUCAACACAUAUAUUUUAAUGUUAUUGUAUAUAAUGUGUAUAAUCUAUUUGCUAUAUAAUUACAUGCUAUAGCCGACUUUUAUAAAAGUGAGUGAGAAUAUAUUCGUCUUUUUCUGCUAAUAUGACAUCCAUCUCUUAUUAAAUUUCUUGUCCGCAAAUGUUUUGUACGUUGUUCGAUAUUGAAGUGACGGAAACUUUAAAACGAGGGUGCAUAGUUAAUAUUCUCUGCUACAGGUUGACUGUUCUCUCCCUCUCUCUCUCUCUCUCUCUUCCCAUAAUUAUUAUCGAGAGUAUGCGAGAGAAAUGCUUUACUAAAUACGAGGUUACGUCGAUUCAUGAAAGAAAAACAGACGUCAGUCUAUAGACAACAUGCGACAUGGAAAGUUCAAAAUAUAAUGAAUACCGAGGUGUUUAUUGUCUUCAUAAUUAUAAUUGUAAUUAAAAAGUUUUAAUAUAAGUUUU